AUGCUGGGGGAGUCCAAUCUAGCUUUGCUGCACGUUUGAAGGAAGAUUCACUUUACUUUGCACACGUCGCGAGGAAGUGCCUUUUCCAGUUGCGGACUUACUCGACAUGUCAAACUGAUAAGUACUGCAUGCUAAACUAGUCCGGGCGGCUGUCAAGUUUUGGCGGCUCCAUCUGGUCGUCGGCAUCCCUCCGACGCAGCAAGCUGUGGCUCGCAGCGAGCCCCAGCGGCUGCCGACAUGAUAGAUAGUAGGCCUUAAGAGAGAGUCACAAGUCGCAAUGGUGUCGGGCCAGGCGCGAGCAAGCGGCGCAAACCCUCCGCCGAGUGCGACAACUGGCCAGGCGCGGCCGACCGCGGCCGCCCGGGCAUGGCCACCCGGCCCCGCCACCGGCAGCUUCCUCCCACCCCCUGCGAGGUCAGGCGGCGGCCUUCGUGCCGCCUCCGCCACUUCCUUGCGUCUGUGGCCGCUGCCGCUGCCCCGCGCCAGCGGCCAGAGCAGCAGCAGCGGCAACUGCGGCGGCGGUGGGGGGCGUCACGCACACGUCGCCGGCGUCAGUGGCGCCAGCGCCGCGCUCGCGUCGGCGUCAGCAUCAGCUUCGGCGGCGGCGGCGUCAGCGUCGGCUCCGCCGCAGGCGCCGCCGCUGCGUCGGCUUCUGCUGCUGUACGGGUGCGGCGGCGGCGCCAGGGCUGUGGGCGCUGCCACGGCGGCCGCGGGCGCAGCUGGCCCAGGGCCGCUCGGCGCUGCCUCCUCCUCCUCCUCCUGGGCGCGCGGUGCCGGUGCCGGCGCCGGCGCCGGCGGCGGUGCGGCAUCCUGCGGUGGCUCGGCACCGUUCGUAACUCCAGCGCCUCUGGGGAGCCGGCUACAGCCUCAUAGGGGGAUGGCCCGCUCGCCGCCGUUACAGCUACUGCCGCCGGGCGCCUGCGCCGCGGUCGCCAGCCGCGGCCGCGGCGGCGGCGGCGGCGGCGCAGGAGGCAGGAGCAGCAGCCGCAGCAGGCAAGGAGGCGGUGGGGGCAGGCAGAGCAGCGGCAGUAGCAGCAGCGGCAGUGGUAGGGGCGGCGGCGGUGGCGGCGGCAGCGGCGGCGGACGCAGCGGCGGCGGUGGUGGCGGUGGCCGCGCUUCUUCUUCUGGCCGGGGAGGGCGGACUGGGUAUGCCGGCCGGGGCCGGGGGCGGGGCCGGGGCCACUACAGCCACUACCAGCACCACCACCACCAGCACAGGGAGGCGGAGGCUGCAGCGGAUGACUUCAACAUGAACUAUUUGGAAGGAGGAAGAAGAGCAGGCAAAGUGGGCCAGGCCAGUGGUGGUUUCGUCUCUUUCGGGUCGGCGGCAUCGCAGACCAGCCGGGCCGGCGGCGGCGGCGGCCGCGGCGCAGCGGCCGGGCGCGCCACGGCUCGCAGCCUCAUGGCCUGGUGGGAUGGCUAUGAGCAGGAGGUGGAGGCUGCAUCACGGGAGGAGGACGAGCGCAGGGCCGCCGCCGCUGCCGCCGCUGAGGCCGAGGCUGCGGCGGGAUUGGCGGCGGAGGCGGCGGAGGCAGCGGACGCUGCAGAGGGCGCGGAGGGUGCGGAGCCUGCGAGCUCUGACGCUUUCCACGGGCCGGGUCUCGAGGGGCCGGAAGCCGCAGACGUAGCUACAGACGUAACCUCAGGAGCAGCAGCGGCGGAUGCCUCUGAGGGCGCGGGGACCUAUAAGGAGGCGGCCGCCGCCGCCGCCGCCGCCGCCGCCGCCGCGCGGGCAAAGGAGGAGGCGGAGUAUGAGGACCCCAGCGCGCUUCCCGACUACGUGGACCCAGACCAGGAGCGGGACAGACUGCCGCUGGCUCGACUCAAGUCGCUGUACUACAUCCGCUCCAAGGUCAUCGCGCGGGUGACGGCCACGGCCGACUUGCGCCAGCUGGCGGAGGCGCUGGACUGGUGUGUGCCGCUGAUGGACCUGGUGGCGACCAAGGAGGCGCUGCGCAUGAUCCGCACCGCUGGCAUGAGCACGGCCGCCUACCCGCGCAACCGGCAGCUCAUGUCGCGGCCGCGCUUCCUGGCCGCCUUCCACUUCGUGGCGGCGCGCCUGCUGGGGCUGCUGGCGCUAUACGGCCCGGGCGUGUGCGACUGGGCCUUCCUGGUCACGGCGGUGGGCGGGCUGGCGGAGGGGCGCAUCAGGAACCGGGAGCUGCUGCGGCUGCUGCACGACCGCGGGCUGGAGCUGGUGCGGGCGCACGUGGAGGCGGCGGAGGCGGCGGCUGUAGCAGCGGCGGUUGCAGCAGCGGAGGCUGCAGCGGGGGCCGAGGCGGCAAGGGCCGAGGCAAUGGGGGCUGAGGCAGCCGGUGUGAGUGCAGAGCCGGCGGAGGCAGCUACAGCUCCGGAGCUCGACGUGUCAGGCACGGCGGCGGCUGGCCAGGAGGAGGCGGCUGUGGUGGGAGUGGAGCGUCCGUCAGCGGCAGUGGCCGAAAUAGCAGCAGAAGCAGCUGCAGCAGCUGCAGCAGCUGCUGACGGGGCCAGUGGCAGCACAAGCGCCGGUGCCAGCUACACGCAGCGCCAUGGGGCGGCGCGGGGCGCCGCGGCAGGGCCAGCAGUGCGGCGGAGGCAGGAGGGCGGCCAGGGCGGCAGUAGCAGUAGCAGUGGCAGUGGCAGUGGCAGUGGCAGUAGCAGCGCCGCCGCCGCUGAUGGCGGCGGCGGGGGCGGCGGCAUCACCCUGCGGGACCUGGUGUCGCGGCUGCUACUGCCGCUGCUACAGCUGGACCAGCCGCUGCACCCCGACUUCUUCGGCCUGGUGGAGCGGCUCCGGCUGCUACAGCCGCAGCUACAGCCUCACCCCGAAGCCGGCAGUAGCAGUAGCAGCAGCAGUAGCAGUAGCACCGGCGGUGGCAGUAGCAGUGGUGGGAACGGCAGUAGCAUGCCCCUGUGGCAGCUGCGGGACAUUCUGGAGCUGCACUUCCGGGCCGUCACGCCGCCGCCGCCGGCCUUGAUGGUGGCGCUGCAGAGCAGCUGCGAGGAAGCUGCCGCCGAGCUGCGCGCGCGCGCGCGGGAGCUGCCCGGCGGCAGCCUCGGCAGCAGCAUUAGCAAUGGCAGUAGCCAUGGCAGUAGCAGGGGUCCUGGCGGCGCCGACCAACAAGAGGCGGCUCUGGCGGGCACGGUUGCGUCGACACUGUACCUCCUCGGCCGGCUGACGGCGGCGCUGCGCUCCCAAGCAGCCGGGCCGGCUACUGCCGCUGCCGCUGCUCCUACUGCUACUGCCGCCACUACCGCUGGUGUCAGCGCGACUGCUACUGCCGCGCUGGACGUGGGCUGGACGCACGGUGUGCUUGAGGUGCUACAGCCGUGGCUCCCGGUGCUGACGCCGCUACAGCUGUCGGGGCUGCUAGCCACGGCGGUGCGGCUCGGCGCCACUCGGCGGCUGCUACUGCCGCCACUGCAGCCGCCAGUGGCGGCUGCACCCAACAGCAGCAGCAGCACCAGCAGUAGCAGCGGCAGCGGCAGUGGCAGUGGCAGUAGCAGCCGGGCCCGCUCGUUUGCCCGGGCGUACGAGGACGCGGUGUGUGACGUGAUCUCUCGCCAGCCAACCGCCUACCAGCGAGGCCGCAACCACCCCAACCGCCGCAACCAAACCAACCUUUGCAACCACCCCAACUGCCGCUCCAUCAUUACCAUCAACGGCGGCGCCGCCGACCUGCCUGCCAAGCUGGUUUCGGAGGCGAUGCGUCAGAGCUGCCGGCUGCUGCCGGCGCGGCCGGCGAAUGCGCUGGCGGCGGUGGCGGACGCGGCGGCGGUGAUACGCUGGGUGGCGCCGCCGGGCGGCUGGGUGGACGAGCUGUACGAGGCGGUGGCGGUACGGCUGCAUGCCGCCGCCGCCGCCGCCGCCGCCGUCACGGAGGGACCGCCGACGGCGGCGCCGACCUUGGCAGCGGCCACCGUGGACGAAGGUGUGGAAGGCGUGGCUGCGACGGUGGCGGCGGCAACGACGGAAUCCGUCCUGGAUGCGGAGGACAGCUUUGGGGCCGCCGCAGCGCCAGAUUUUGGCGUUCCAACCGCCGCCGCCGCUUACCCAACCGCCGCGCCGCCGCUCUCGUACGUGCGGCCGCCGCCGCCGCCGCACCCGGACCGCAUGUCGGCCGCCGCUCUGCUCGCGCUGCUGACCGCGGGCCGACACCUGGCUCGCGUCGCGUCGCCGGCGCCCACGUCCGCAACCGCAACGGAAUCCGCAACCGUAUCGAUAACGGCAACUGCGCUCCCAUCCAGCACACAGGCAGGAGCCGUGGCGGCGGCGGCGGCGGCACAGCCACCACGGCUGCCGCCGCCAGCGCCGCCGCCGCCGCUGCCGCCGCCGGCGUUGGUAGGCGUCAUGUCAGAGCAGCUGGCGGCGCGGCUGGCGGCGCAGCUUGGGGAGGUCCUAGCGGCGGCGGCGCCGUCGUCAGCGCUGGCGGCGGCGGCGCUGCCGCCACAGGCGGUGCCGGUUGGUCUGGCCCGGACCGGCGCCUGCGACAGCUGGAGCACGUACGUCGCGGCUCUGGCAGACCUGGCGGCGGCAGCGCCGCCGCCGCCAAUGGCGGCGGCGCCAGAGCAAGCUCUGGCGGCGACAGCGGCAUCGGGAGGCGGCGGUGGUUCUGGCCUGGCGGCGGCGGCGACGGCGGGGGCACGCGGCGCCGCUAUGGAGCUGGUAGACAGGCUGUUGGGACAGCCGCCGCCCGCUGCUGCUGCUGCUGCUGCUGCUGCUGCUGCUGCUGCUGCGGCACCGGCUGCAGCCGCCCCAGCUGCUACUGCCGCUGCUGCGGCAGCGGCUAGCAGGCCUGGCUUCCGUGCCGGCGUGUUCGGAGUCAGGGGCGGCUGGGGCAGUCGCAAUGGCAGCAGCAGCAACGGCAGCAGUAACAACGGCAGCAGUAGCAACGGCAGCAGUGGCAGUGGCAUCAGCAGCAGCAACGGCAUCAGCAGCAGCAACGGCAUCAGCAGCAGCAACGGCAGCAGUAGCAGCGGCAGCAGCAGCAGCAGCAGCAAUGGCAGCAGACCCAGCAACCAUCAUGGCGGUAAGGCCAAGGCGCCGUCGGCAGCGGAGCUGGCGGCGGCGCGGCGCUGUCGGCAGGUGGUGCUGGCGGCGGCGGAGCAUGCGCUCGCACUGCAGCUCCAAGCCUACGCCGCCGCCGCCACGGCCGCCACAACAACCAGACCACCCGCAGCCGCCUCUCCUGCUGCACCAACCGCUGGCCACAGCACAGGCAGCACGCAUGGCGCGCUUGACGCCGGACCCGCCUCGGGCCCCGACGCCGACCCAGAGGCAGCAGCGUCACGCCCCAUUCCUGACGCUGGCGUAACCGCUGACGUCGAUGCAACCGCCAGCCUUAGUCAGCACCAGACCAUCAGCCGCCAACCGCCGCCGCCGGGCCAACCGAUUCCGUUGGAUCCCGACGUCGCCGCCGCCGACGGCGGCCUGAUGGCGCUGGCGGCGGCGCUGCGGCGGCUGCUCGGGCGGCCGCCGGCGGCGGCGUGGUGGGCGGCGGCGGGCGCGGCGGCGGCGGCGCGUACGGCGGCGGCGGCGGCGGGGUUCCAGGCCUCUUGCUCGGAGCUGCAUGCAGCUGAGGAGGCGGAGCGUAGGCGGGGUGCCGGGUGGCGGCCGCGGGGAGGGGCAGGUGCAGGUGCGGGCGCAGGUGCGGCAGGGGGUGGCUGGGGCCGGAAUGGCAGUGGUGUGGCGGGGGCUGUGCCCGCGUGGGCGCCCGAGUCCCGGGCGCUGCACUCGCUGCGCCAGUCGCGCAGCGCGGCGGCGGUGCGGCUGCUGCGGUGCGCCACGGACCAGCUAGACCUAGCAGAGGCGGCGGCGGCGGCGGCGGCGGCGGCGGUAGCGGAGGUGGAGGCGGAUGUGAGCGCAUGGCACGUGCCUGCAGCCGCGCCGCAGCCUCACCUACAGCUGCUGCACCCGCCGCAGCAGCUACAGCCGGAGUGGUGGCGCGCUAUGUCCUGGGCUGCGCAGCUGUCGCUGCGGGCCGCCUCCGCCUCCGCCGCCACCUCUAGUACCGCCGCCGCGGCCUCCAGUACCGGCGCCGCCGCCUCCAGGCACUCAGCGGCGGCCACGGCGGCCACUGCUACAGCCGCCCCCGCGGGGCUGUCGGUCGCCUUGGGCCCUCCUGCGGCUGCCGCUACUGCUGCUGCGCUGGUGACAGGGCAUGACGGCAACGCGGCGCCGGCGCCGCCGGGGCAGCCGCAGCCGCCGCCGGCCGCGGACGCUAGGGAGGCUGUAGCAGACGUCGCGGUCCGCUACGCGCAGCACCUGGCCCGCUGGCUGGACCAGAGGCGGCGGCGGCAGCAGCAGCAGCAGCUGCAGCUGCAACAGCAGCAGGCGGCGGUGCAUGCGAUGAGGCCGGCAGUAGCUGGCGAGGAGCCCGGCAGUAGCACCCACGCGGCUGCUAGCGGCCUGGAGGAGGCGGCGCGGGAGGAGGCGGCGCAGGAGGCGGAGGCGGCUCAGGAGGCGGCUGUUGGGGUGAUUCAGGCUCAGGCGGCGGUGGCGCAGGAGGCGGCGGCGGCUCAGGUGGCGGCGGCGGCGGCUCAGGAGGUGGCGGCGGCUCAGGCGGAGCCUGAGGCCGCGGACCCGCAGCCGCCCUCCCAGCCACACGUCGCAGCGGAAGCAGCGGAAGCAGCAGAAGCAGCAGUAGCCGCAGAAGCAACAGUAGCAGAAGCAGCAGUAGCAGCACCCCCCUCCCAGCCGCCUGAGCUGAGUCAUCACGUCGGCUUCCUCAUCUGCCUGUGCGAGGUGCUGCAGCCGGCGCUGGCGGCGCCGCAGCGGCAGCCGGCGGUGGCGGGGGCGGCGGCGUCGCCGCCUCCACCCAAGCCGUGGCGGCUGUCGGCGGUGGCGGUGGUGCGGCUGGCGGAGGUGUUGGCGCUCAGUCGCUUCCAGCCGCUGCGGUUCGCGGUGCUGGCGACAUGGCCGGACGCGUACCUGGACCGGGUCUCCGAGCUGCUCCUCCAGCAACAACAACAGCAGCAGCCGCUGCAGCCGCUACAGCCGGCGGCUGCUGCCGCGCUGCUGGCUCCCGCGGACGCGUGCAUGCUGCUGCGCUGCGUGUCGAGCCAGGGAUGGCGGCCGGGGGCGGAGCUGAUGGAUGGCCUGGCGGAGGCGGUCCAGGCGAACGGCGGGCUGGGGUCGCUGCGCGCCGCGUACGGCCCGGCGGCGCUCGUCCAGCUGGCGUCCUGGCUGUCGUACGCCCGCUUCCUGCCGUACGACCAGUGGGUGGACGAGCUGCUGAGUCAGCUGGAGCCGUGCCUGCAGCCGCAGCUGCAGCCGCAGCCGCGGCCCCCGGCGGUAGCUGCAGCACCAGAAGCAGCAGGAACAGCAGCAGGAGCAGCAGAAGGAGCAGGAGCAGGCGCGCCGCCGCCGCUGCCGCCCCUUGAGCUCCCGGAGUUGUGUGUGCUGGGGCACGCGCUCGGUGAGCUGGGCGUGGCGCCGCCGCCCGCCUGGUUGGAGCGGGCGCUGGCGGCGGCGGGCGACGCGGCUGUAGCAGCGGCGGCGGCGGCGGCGGGGCUGGUGCUGCUGCCGCCCGACGGCGGAGGCAGUUCUGGACCGGCGGAUGCUGAGGGCCUUGUCGCCAGCUCGGCGGCAUCGGCGGCAUCGGCGGCGGCGGCAGCGGCGGUUGCGGCGUCUCAGCCAGGUGCAGCGGCGGACGGCGGUGCUACAGCCGGCCGCCGCAGCCUUUCGGACCAACUGUCGGGGAUGCUGUGGCGGUGGUCGGCAGUAGCAGCUGCGGCGGCGGAUGCCGCUGCCGCCGCCUCCUCCGCUGCUGCCGUCGCCGCUGCCGCUGAUGGGGGCGGCGGGUCCGCUGCAGCUCCCGCGUCAGAAGCAGCAGCGGCAGCAGCAGCGGCAGCAGUAGCUGCAGCGGAAGAGGCAGCAGUGGUGGCGGCGGCGGCGCUGCGGUUCGCGGGGCAGAUGGCGGCGGCGACGGCGCCCCUGUUACGGCGGAUGGAGCCGCUGCAGCUGGUGCGGUGUGCGGAGGGUAUGGCGGCGCUCGUGCAGUCGGCCGCCACCGCCGCCGCCGCCGCGGCCGCCGCCGCCGGCGGGGGCGCCGCCACUCCCACCAUCGCCACCAUCGGCAGCAGGCGCGGCGGCGGCGAGACAACGCAGGCUGCCGGGCCCGCAGCAUUCGCGCGCGUGCCCUUCGGUUCCGACACGGCGGCACCGGGCAGCGCGACUGCAGGUGCGUCGUCCGCCGCCACCGCUACUGCCGCUGCGGCCGCCACCCCGCUGCCACCGCCGCCGCCACUGGUCGGUAGCUACAGCCUUUCCAUGCCCGAGCUCGCGCUCAGCCAGGAGGCGGCUACAGCGGCUGCUGCUGCUACUGCUGCUGCUACAGCAGCUGCUACAGCCGCCGCGGGGCCUGUCGCCGAGGGCCAUGCUACAGCCGUGGCGGCCUUCGAGUACGCUUUCCGUCGCGGCACUCCGGCGGCGCCUGCCCCAGGGGAUAGCAGUAGCAGUGACAGUGGAAGUGGCAGUAGCAGCAGCAGCAAUAGCAGUGGUGCGGCCGGGCAAUUGCUGGAGAAGCCCGCUCCCCGCGUCGCCGCUGCCGCUGCCGCUGCAGCGCCUGGGGCCGGCACGGACGCCGCCGCGCCGGCGGCGGAGGCAGCGGCUGUGACUGUGCGGCGCCCUGCUACUGCUGGCUCUCCAGCCGCUGCCGCUGCUACAGCCGCUGCUGGUGGGCUGCAGGGCCGUCGCCGUCAACGGGGGGCGGAUCUGGAACUGGAUCUGGGCCCCUGGUGGCGCGAGUUUGAGAGCGCCACAGCCGCCGUCCUCCUCACGACACCGCCGCCACCACCACAGCCCGAGCCCGAGCACGGGUCACCGCCCCCGCUCGCCGCCGGCGACAACACCGCGGCGUCUGGGACAUGGCCGAACACCCAUUGGCAGCACCAGCAGCUGCACCAGCAGCAGCAGCAGCAGCAGCAGCAGCGGCGGCCCAGACCGCGCCAGCCGCCGCCGCCGCCGCCGCCGCGCGGCGGGCGGCGCGCGGCGCCGCACCCGCCGCCGCAGCUGAGCGGCUACAGCCUCAGCGUCACGCUGCGGUCCAUGGCGGCGGCGGGCCACGUGCCCAGCCGCCACUGGCUGGCGCGCUACUGCCACCACACACAGCCGCUGCUGCUGCUACAGCCUGGCGGCGGCGGCGCCGCCGCUGUGGGAGCGGGAGUGGGUGCGGGUGCGGGUGCGGGUGUUACAGCCGGGUUUAAGCCGAUUGCCCUGACCAGCACGCUGUGGGCUCUGGCACGCAUGGGCAUCUCCUUUCAAAGCGGCAGUAGCUACAGCGCCAGUAGCAAGAGCAGUGGCGGCAGUAGCAGUAGUAGCGGCGGUGGCGGCGGCGGCGGCGGCGGCGGCAGGGGCGGCAGCACUGACCCUGGCAGUAGCGCCGACGACGCGGCGACGGCGCCACCGGCGGCGCUGCGGCCGUGGCUGGAGACAGCACUGGAGGCGCUGGGUGCCGUACUGCCGUCCUGUUCAGGCACAGACCUGCAGUACGCCACAUGGGCGCUGGCGGCGCUGGACUGCCCUCCGCCCGCCGGCUGGCUGCUGCGGUACGAGCGCUGUACGGCAGCGCGGCUGCCGUACAUCGGGGCCCCGGCGCUGCUGUACAGCCUGUGGGCGUACGGCAAGUUCGGGCACGCGCCCAGCGGGCAGUACAUGGAGCUGGCGCUGCAGGUCCUGCGGCCCAGCCUCAGCGGCAACCCCGCACCCGCGCUGGCGCCAGCGUCCGGCCCCGCGGCGCCUCCGCCUGCUGCUGCUACUGCCGGUGCUACUGCCGCUGCUACUGCCGCUCUGGACGGUCACGGGCUGUGCCUGCUGCUGCACUGUCUGGCGCUGCUGGACUACCUGCCGCCCGAUGACUGGAUGGAGGAGUACCUGCAGGCGCUGCUCCGCGAGCUGCCCCGCAUCACGCCCACCGGCCUCACCAUCGCCCUGCGCGCCGCUGCCAACCUGCAACUGCCGCUGGCGCCGGCGGCGGCGGAGGCAUGGCUGGCCGCCGCCGCGCGGCUGCUGCCGCCGCCGGGCGCCUACGCCGCCCCGCUGAUGACGUCAGCCGGCGGCGCUGGCAGUAGCGGGACUGGCAGUAGCGGCACUGGCAGUAGCAGGUGCUUCACGGAGCAGCAGCUGGAGACGCUCAUGUCGGCGCUGGUGGACCUGCCGCCCGGCGUGCUACAGCCGCUGCAGCCGCUACAGCCAGAUGAUGACACUGAAGACGGUACGGCCAGUGACGGUACGGCUCGUGACGGUACGGCAGGUGGUGCCGGCGAGCUGCUGCGGCAGUUCCUGUACGCCGUGGUGGCGGCGGCGCCCGACAACUUCAAGAUCGCCAACUUCUACCGCAUGCUCACUAGCGGCAGUAGCAGCACUGACAUUAGCAGCAGCAGCAGUGGCGGCAGUAGCAGAGGCAGUAGCAGAGGCAGUAGUAGAGGCAGUGUUAGUGGCGCCGGCCGUGGCAGUGAUGACACGAGCAGUCAUGGCAGUAGCAGCAAUGGCGUAGCCGGGCAUGGUGGCAGUAGCAGCGGCAGGCGCGGCGCGGUGCUGCCGGUAGGCGGCGGCGCGGCGGCGGCGUCUGCGGCGGCGGCGGCGGUGGCGGCGGUGGCGGCGGUGGCGGCGGCACCUGUCGGAGCGGGGGCGGGAGGUCAGCGUGCCGGCACACGAGGGGCUGGCGGCGCCCGCAGACUGGUCGUCCGCGACGGCCCCGGCGCCAGCACCAACGGCGGCAGCAGCAACGUUGGCGGCAGCGGCAGUAGCAACGUUGGCGGCAGCGGCAGUAGCAGCAGCAGCUAUGCCGAGGGGCAGCGGGUCGGGAGGAGGCGGGGCCCACACCGCGACGUCCCCGCCGCGGGCGGAGGCGUGGUGGUGGUGGCAAGGCCGGGCCUGCGAGGCCGCGGCGAGCAGCGCGCGGCUCUGUAGGCUGGUGCGUACCGUGGUAGUGGCGGCGGUGGUGGCGGCGCAGACACGGGGUGCCGCCACUACAACCAGAUGGCGGCACGGGUUAUGGCGGCCGCAGCAACGGCCACAGCAGUAAUAGAUGGGCAAUGCUCCUGCCUACCAGGCACAGUCGGCAGGUACUCGCGCUGCACCGCAUUGUCAUGUAGCGGUCUCAGGUGCCAGCAAUGCCGGGACUGAAACUGGUACUGGCUUAACUGUCUUGUUUGACGCACGCACGGUGCGACGUGGGUACGUAAUCUUACGGUUGGUUGGCGUGCAUGAUUUGGCAUGGGGUUCAGGCUGAACCGUUCAGCAGCAGAGGCCGAGAGAGAGAGCCGAUGCAACCACAGGUAGAUCUGUUACGUGCGCAUGUAUGUUGCGUUGCGUUUGGCGGUGGGACGGUGGGCUCAAGAGCUGGGGAGAGGGGGCAGCGCCUGCACGCGUGUCGUAAUUACCCUAGGCACUGCCAGCUUGCGUGGUGGGGCGGGGAAAUGGUGAUGCGGGCUCGGCCGGAACGGGUCCCACACCUGUACGGGAUGGAACUGUAAGAAUGAAAGGCCAUGCGAUAUGGGCUUUCAAGGUUCAAGUGGCAGGACGGCAUGCCCCAGGCAUGAGGUGGUUCGGUGAAAGCAAGAGCUGGUUGCUUGGCGUGUGCGGGAGGCGUGGCGUGCCUUGCUGCCUCCGAAGGGAAGGCAUGCAGCCGAAACGGCGUCCGCACGGCUUCAAGGUACACGGGCAUCAGAAGCACUCAGCGUCU